AUGAGCCCAGAAGAGAGCACAAGAGUCAAGGUCGCGGACGGCUUAUUCAUACCACUCCUGACUAAUACAAAUUUCCAAGAUUGGAACAAUGGCAUUCAUGCUGCAAUGAGCAGCUUUAAUCUAUGGGAGCUUCAUAUUAAAAUCGCCCCACCAGAAGAAAAGACCAAUACAUUCAUCGUGAAUGAUUACAAGGCAUAUAGCAUACUUGCCACCACUACUGGCAAAGAAAACGAUGACCUAACCCAUAACAGUGAAGGAGCUCCACUAAGUGCGCACGAUGCCUACAAAGCUAUCCAUGCCCACUAUUCUACUGGAAGCACAUCCUCACGCAUACAACUAUUUGCAGAUUUAAACGCCAUGGUUUACGACCCGGAUCAAGGCGUAGAAGUGCUUUAUAACUCUAUGAUGAAAUUCGCAAGAAACUGGCAAAUCAAAAAAGAUGCUAUCCUGACGUCGAAUUCAUAG